AUGUCCGACUUAAAAACUCCAGCUGUUGACACUACAGAUACUCCAGUAGAUAACACAAAAAUUGCACAACAAGAAGAAAAACCAAAGCCAUGUUGUGUUUGUAAACCAGAAAAAGAGGAAAGAGAUAAGUGUUUAUUGUUCAAUACUGAUGACUCUGACUCAUCACUUUCAAGUUGUGAAGAAUAUAUUCAAAAAUAUAAAGCCUGUAUGAAAGGCUACGGAUUUGAAGUGUAA